AUGGGUCGUGUUUGGACCAAGAUUGUGAAGAAGGAGGUGCAGGUCAUCAUCAAAAAAUACUACACCUGCCUGGGCAAUGACUUCCACACCAACAAGUGUAUGUGUGAGGAGACUGCCAUCAUCCAUAGCAAGAAACUCCACAACAAGAUGGCAGGAUACGUUACUCAUCUGAUGAAGCCCAUCCAGAGAGGCCCUGGGAGAGGUAUCUCCAUCAAAUUUCAGGAAGAAGAAAGAGAAAGGAGGGAUAACUAUGUCCCUGCGGUCUCUGCUUGGGAUCAGGAGAUUUUUUUUUUUUUUUUUGAUCAGGAGAUUAUUGAAGUGGACCCUGAUACCAAAGAAAUGUUGAAAUUCCUGGACUUUGGCAGUUUGUCCAACCUGUAA